UCUGUGAAGACAUAGCAAGACUGUCUUCUUCACUAGGCACCUAUUUGCAAAGCCUGCGGCCCUCAGAUACACACACCUGUGCAAGAAGCAGAGAGAAGCAGGAAGGAUUGGCCAAAGACUCAGAUCCCCAGCGAUUUGAGGAGGCCGCCAUGUGUGGAGGCAUCUCUUUGAGGCACUUGCUGCUGCUGCAGCUGCAGCUGUCCCAACUCCUAGCUGUCACUCAAGGGAAGACCGUGGUGCUGGGGAAAGAAGGGGCUUCAGUGGAACUGCCCUGCGAAAGUUCCCAGAAGAAGAAUGUACUCUUCAACUGGAAGUUCUCUGACCAGAGGAUUAUUCUGCGACAGCAGAGCAAGGACGUAUUGGUUAAAGGUUCAUUUGAGCAGAAGGAUCGGUUUAGUUCCAGAAAAGGGGCGUGGGAUAAAGGAUCAUUCCCUCUUGUCAUCAGUAAACUCAGGAUGGACGACUCCCAGACUUACAUCUGCGAGCUGGAGAACAGGAGACAGGAGGUGGAGCUGUGGGUGUUCAGAGUGACCAUCAGUCCAGGUACCACCCUGUUGCAGGGGCAGAACCUGACCUUGACCUUGGAUAGCAACCAUAAGGUCUCUAACCCCUCGAUAGAGUGCAAAUACAGAGGGGGUAAAAUUGUCAAGAGCUCCAAAGUUCUCUUCGUGCCCAACAUAAGGAUUCAGGACAGUGACAUCUGGAACUGCACCGUGACCCUGAGCCAGAAAAAGCAUACAUUCGACAUGAAACUGUCAGUGCUGGGCUUUCAGAGAACAUCCAUCACGGCCUAUAAGAGUGAGGGGGAGUCAGCGGAGUUCUCCUUCCCACUCAACUUUGGAGAGGAAAACCUGCAGGGAGAGCUGAGGUGGAAGGCAGAGAAGGUUUCUUUCUCCCAGCUCUGGAUCGCCUUCUCCCUAAAGAACAGAAAGAUAUCUGUGGAAAAGUCUACCAGCAACCUCAAGCUCCAGCUGGCAGAAACACUCCCCCUCAGCCUCAAGAUACCCCAGGUCUCGCUUCAGUUUGCUGGUUCUGGCACCCUGAGUCUGACUUUGGACAAAGGCACACUGCAUCACGAAGUGAACCUGGUGGUGAUGAAAGUGACUCAGCACGACAACUACACUUUGUCCUGUGAGGUAGUGGGACCUACCUCCCCCAAGUUAAGACUGACUCUGCAGCAGGAGAAUCAGGAGGCUAGGGUCUCUGGGGAGAAGAAAGUGAUUCAAGUGUUGGACCCUGAGGCAGGAAUGUGGCACUGUCUCCUAAGUGAAGGUGAAGAAGUCAAGAUAGACUCCAAGAUCCAGGUUUUAUCCAGAGGGUUGAACCAGAGAAUGUUCCUGGCUGUCGUGCUGGGAGGCACCCUCGGCUUCCUGGCUCUCACUGGGCUCUGCAUCCUCUGUUGUGUCAGGUGCCGCAACCAACAGCUUCCUCCCCUCCCCCCUCCAAGGGGCACCUCCCUCCUGGAGGACUGGGACCCUCACAACUACUCUCCUUGUCCCUGGGCAGCGCCAGGCAGCACGGAUGACCCAGAUCAAGAGGCUCCUCAGUGAGAAGAAGACCUGCCAGUGCUCCCACCGGAUGCAGAAGACCCAUAAUCUCAUCUGAGGCCUGGGCCCCGCCUGCAGCCUACCGCCUGUGUCCAGUCUCAUCCACUGAGGCCCGUGGACCAGAUGAAUGUAGCAGACCUAGUGCCUCUGGCCUCCUGCUCUCCUCUUCCUCAACGGGCCCUGGUUUCUCUCCCUCCAUUCCCAAGCCCCUGGGCAGAGCUUGCCCUCUGUGUCUCAGACACUGAAGCACAUACAGCCAGCUUAUUCUUCGCAGCUGCCUUUACGCCAGAGCCUCGGCCCUUCUCUGACUAACGUCCUGGAACCUCUUUCCAGCUGUCUGCUUGGAUCUAAGGGCAGUGCACAGCACUUGGCAUGGAUGGUGGGACUGGAAAUACACAGCACAGUCUACAAGAGGGCUCUGGGACUAAGCUGGAGUGGGGAGGGGGGAGGGGGGCCUUGGGCAGGUCGCACAUCCUUUCGGGAUGUCAGCCUUAGCUUCCCAUGCUGUCUGCUUCUCGUUUGAGGUGGCGAGACCAGACUCACGCUCUGACCAGUGCACCAACACACACCCAGGCCACACACCCUGCCCACAGCCACACAACUGUCCAUAUAUCCAACAGCAGAUCUUAAUUCAUAAGCCAGUUGAAUGGCCGGGGUAUUUGACCCUUACAAAAAAUUUGCAUGUGGGUGAGGAAGAUAGCUCAGCGGUGAAAAGCUCUUGCUACCAAGCUUGAUGACCUGAGUUUAAUUCUUGAGAGUGGAAGGAGAGAAUUAACUCCUGAAAAUUGUCCCCUAUGUAUGUCCUGUGACCCUCAUGUACACAACACACACACACACACACACACACACACACUGUAAUCCUACAAACUAAAAGUGAUAGCCAACAUGGCAGACCUAACCAAUCAUCCCCGGGAAAAGCAAGCUUGAGUUGAAAGAUUACCCACGAUUGCACAGCUAUCAAGUGCUGAAGCUAGGCCUAGACACUCGGCAUGCACCAAGGACACACAGGAACACAGCACCAGCAGAGAUCCGUGAGAGGACGGAGGAUCACUUUUUGUUUCAAGUCCCUCCUUGACCACUGCUGUCCCCCAACCGUUUUACCAAAGGACAAAACCCUAGUUCUCUUAGAGCUAGGCUGGGAGAGGUGCACAGAGACCUGCUGCUCGGUGAGGGCAGAACCUGGGAAGUGGGCAAUGCUGGGGUCCUUUAUGGAGACCGCCGUGGCAGGUGGUAGUGCCUUCCAUGCAGAGAGAUUAGGGGUCCAAGGACUCCCUGACAGUCUUGGGCUGCUUCUUUCAGAUCCUCAGCCUCCUCUGCCUGUUUUUCACUUCCCUGCUUUAGCACCUCCUUCCCCCCUCCCAACCCCUUUCCCUUUUUCCAGUUUUCUUCCCAGCUGGCCUCUUCUGAAAACAUCCCCUCCCCAUUUCUCCUCACUGCUCAUGGCUUAUUUUUGCCCACUCCCCACUCCUGAUUCCUGAGCUGACAGAAAAAAUAAAGACUAUAAAUAAAAUGCA